AUAAAAACCAAAUGUCUGGACGUUAAAUCAUAACUUAACCAUAGAGUCGUAGUCAAUAUUAAAGCAACAAUAAUAUCUUGACAGCUCAACCAAUUUAAUAACAAUCUUAGAAUCCUCUAAAUUAUCCAAGCAAUGCAAUACCUGCUCCUUUUAUGCCAGCUCAAAUAGGUUAAUAAUAAUAUUAAUAAUCUCAAUACUAAUAACCAAAACCUAUGGAAAAUACAGUGAGAUAUUAAUAAUAACCAGAAACACAUUGUCCAUUUUGUUUAACGUGUUAAUAACAUAAGAAUGAUUUAUUAUCAAAAUAAUAGGAUUAAUAGAAAGCUAAACCUUAAGGAAAUAGUAAUUUUCCAGAGUAUGAAUAUGGUGUUUGUCCUGAUUGUGAAGAGGGAACACAAGAAGGAGAUCCAGAAGAUGAUAUUGGAAAAGAAAAUUAAAAACUUCGAGAUGAUAUUGCUGCAAAAGCUAAAGCAAAUAGAAAACUAAGAAAUGAUGUAGCUAGAUUAUAGACAGAAUUAGAUAGGAUAAAACAUUUACCAGAAGAAAAUGAGAAAUUAAAAGCAAUGAUUGGUCCGUUAGAAGAUUAAUUAAGAGAUGCAAGACAUAAAAAUUAAGAUUUACUUGAUGAUAAUAAUAAAUUAGGAAAUGUAUUUAAAUUACUUAUAAUAUUAGUAAGUUAAAGAUCUAAGAAAUAAUAUAGAUAAAGCAAAUAAUGCAGCAAAAGAUAAUGAUAAUUUAAAGAAGGAGAUUGAUGAUUUAAAAAAGAAGAAUAAAGAUAAUGAUAAGGUAAUUGAAGAGAACAAUGAUUUGAAGAAUAAAUUAAAUAGAUUAAAGGGAGAUAGAGAUAAGAUGUUAGCAGAUUUGGCAGCAUUAGAAAAAUAAAAUGGAGCAAUAAAGUAUUAAAUAAAUGAAUUUUAAGGGAUAAAUUAGGUAAAUUAGCUAAAGAUAAUAAUGAUCUUUAAAAAGAUUUAGGAGAUUUGAAGAAAAUAAAUAAGGAUUUAGAAAAGAAAUGCAAUGAUCUUUAAUUAGAUAAUGAUAAUCUUCAUUUAAAUUUAGGAGAUGUAAAUAAAGACAGAGAUAAAGCAAAAGAUUAAUUAAAUGAUUUACAUAAGAAUAGAAAUUAAUUACUAGAUGAAUUAGGGAAGGUGAGAGAUAAAUUGAAAGAUGCAGAGUAUAUAAAUAAAUAUAAAUAUUUUAUAGAAAGGAUAAAGAUGAUUUGGGUAAGAAGUUGAAUAAUGUAUAAAAUGAUGCAAAAAAGGCAGGUGAUGUACCAAAAUUAAAAAGAUAAUUAGAUAAUGCUUUAUUAGAAUUAGAUGACUAGAAGGUUGAAAGAUAGGAAUUAGAGUAAUAUAUUUUUUGAUGUUAGUUAACAUUUAAAAUAAGUUCAUGAUGAUUAUAACAAGGCAUUAAAGAUAUUGAAAGAUAAUGGUCUUUUAGGUCUUUUGGAUCCAUCUGAAUAAUAACCAGUUUAAAAAUAACCAAAUGGUAAUGGAUAAUAUAAUCCAAAUGGUAAUGGAUAAUAUGGCCCAAAUGGUUAGAAUUAAGGAUACAAUCCUAAUAAUUAAUAACCUCUUUAUGCUCCAAAUGGAUAACCUCUUUAUGGUUCUAAUGGAUAACCUCUAUAUGGUCCAUAAAAUGGAUAGAUUGUUUAUGGACCUAAUGGGCAACCUAUGUAUGGACCUAAUGGUUAACCUAUCUAUGGUCCUAAUGGAUAAUAUGGAUAACCAGGCUAAUAGGUUAAUAGUGCAUAUUUAGGAACACCUAAUUAAAAUAGAGUUGGAGGUAAUAAUCCAAUGAAUCAAUCUAAUUAAUGGGGAGGGGUCAGUGGAAAUUAAGGAAGACCUUCCUAUGAAGAACUUAUGUUAGAUAAUAUUAGAAUGAAGAAAUGCAUUGAUUAGUUAAACUAUGAUUUAAAAAAUAGUAAAAAGUGAUUUUAUUAGAUCAAAAAUCCAG